AGCGAGCGGAGGGAAGAGGUGCUCCUAGAGCAGAGUGAGCCGAUACUAAGCGUAAACUUGUCUGUUUCCCCAUGCAGUAUUUGUACAGUCUGCAUUUGACGUCGUUUAAUUUUGAAGUUGUGGAUAUGUGUUUUUUAAAUUUAAUAUGAAUCAGAGUAUUUCGGCCAUGGGCGUACGAAUCCCGGAAAUUAUAUGGGCUCUUAAUCAGUCGUUUUCAGCGCCUUUGCCGCUAAGAGGAAUGAAUGAAUCCGGGGGAGAACGCUCGUGGAAUGUAAAAAAACUACGUCUAGGAGUUUAAACCGCCAAGAAAUAAAGAUUUUUUUUUUAACUAUGAAAGUUUUAAACUGUGCUGCGUUCGUUUGUGCUCACAGCGCCGCCAGUUGUGCUGCGCACAGACGUUUGUUCAGAGGAUUUAGUAGAAAAUGAAUGUUGGACGUGAGCUACGUGCGCAUCUAGGAGUAGACGAGAUGAAAUGGAGAGCUUGGAACGCACGGACCUUUUAAACACAAGCUCUCCCCGCGGAAACGACAGUAUUUCUUCGACGCCGGAGAAAGUCACACGCAGCUCCUCUGAUGUUCAUAAAGCGGUAAAAAUGGGACUGAACGCGUACUGCACUCCGUCGGCGGGGACCACCACAGCCGCUGAGCUUUUGACUGGCUUAGCUUCCAAAACGGUGGGUCCCGGGAUCACAGUUCUAAAGAAAGAGACAAAAACCGGCUUGCCAGUCUACAACGGUGGUGUAGUGUCCCCGUCAGCUACUACAGAAGGGAACUGCAAUGGAGUACCAGCACAGACGCCUAACGGCUACUCGCAAUUGAAGGGGGUACACGAGACCCCGAAUGGGGCACUGUGGCCGGUGGAAAACUCGGACAGAGCACAAUGUGACAAAUGCCCUGUUCUACAGAAGAGAACAAACGGAGAAUUAAGAUGCAAACAGUUGCAUCAUCAGAGGAAGAGUGAUGAAGAAAACAGGGACACAGGGAAGGGGGUUUUAGGUAGCGGGGGUGUAGGGUUGACAGGGACUCCGGACACAUCUCAUGCGACGGACGCUUAUCACUCCUCAGACUGCAAGAGGAGGCGGGUGGACAACGACCCCAAAACAGACACAGGUCCUAAAAGCACCAGGGCUGUCGUCCCUCUCGCUGCCCAUAGCAACCAUAACCACGACAGCAGCCAGCACGGUCAGCCUACUCAUGCCAGACCCCACCACAACGGACAUAAGGUAAUGCCAAAUUCUGUAGGGGGGCAAACAUCGCCAAUUGAAGCCCCUUCCAUACCUCCGAUAGGUUCGGGCUGGUCUCCAGAACUCAUGGCACAGCAGUAUAUUAUACCUUGCAUGAAAUACUACGGUAUAUGUGUAAAAGAUGGCUUUCUGGGACCACGGCUGGGGGAGCGUGUGUUGGAGGAGGUGGAGACACUAAACCACAGCGGGAAGUUCCGCGGCGGGCAGCUGGUCAGCCAGAGGAGCAUCCCUUCCCGCAGUAUCCGUGGAGACCAGAUUGCCUGGGUGGAGGGUCGGGAACCUGGCUGCGAGAACAUCGGCACGCUCAUGGCCCACAUCGACGAAGCGGUGAUGCACAGUGCUGCUAACGGCAAGCUCGGGGAUUAUGUCAUCAACGGACGUACAAAGGCUAUGGUAGCCUGUUACCCUGGAAACGGCACGGGGUACGUGAGGCACGUGGAUAACCCUAACGGUGACGGCCGUUGCAUCACCUGCAUUUACUAUCUCAACAAAGACUGGGAUGUGAAGGUUCAUGGGGGUCUUUUGCAGAUCUACCCAGAAGGUCGGAGCGUGGUGGCUAAUAUAGAACCGCUUUUUGACCGUCUGCUCGUCUUCUGGUCAGACCGAAGAAACCCACACGAAGUCAAACCAGCCUACGCUACGCGCUAUGCCAUAACCGUUUGGUACUUUGAUGCGAAGGAGAGAGCAGAAGCCAAGGAGAAGUACAGACUGGCCACUGGACAAAAAGGUGUCAAAGUGCCUGUCACUCAAAGCAGCAAGACCUAAAACCAGAGUGUGCUCUGUUAGACUGGAGCAUGUUCGCUUUCUUUAUGUGCCUACCUGUGCUGCCGCCAGACAGACUUAUCAAAGGGAAGACACAAAGACGACACAGCACCAUCCGGUUCCCACCUCAAGAGCUCAAAUGUCACCCCAAACCGUGUCCCUCGUUUUCCACAUGGCCCUAGACUGACAUUUCCAGAUAACUUUAGGAGCUUAUGAAGUCUCAGGAGAGAGUGUGGAUCUAAAUGAAUGCAGCGAGGACUGUGAUUGGACGAGGAGGGUCAGAGAGGCGUCUGUCAAACUCAGGUGGCCAAUAGACAGAGAGGCUUUGGCCCGAACACAAACACUCUUUUCUUUUCCCUGUUGUUAUUAAUCACUGUACUUAUGUAAUCACAAAUCAGAAUUCUGUCUGCUUUUUCAAAUGCUUUUUCUCGUUAUUGAGCUAUCUGUUGGCUGGCAUGAGCGGUAGAGGGUUAAGACCAUAUUUCUUUAAGAGUUUCUGGAGCUUCACAGAUGACAACAGGACAGAGGAGGAAGUGACAUCAGCAGCAAAUGCACUCUUUGCUCUAUCAUAGCGUUGUAUCUCGCUCUCAGAGUAGGAGGAAAUAAGCCCUGAAGUAAACAGCCACCAGCAAACACUCAUGAGACUGAAAACACACACAC